AUGGGUAUUUCUCGUGAUUCUCGUCACAAAAGAUCUGCUACAGGUGCCAAAAGAGCCCAAUUCAGAAAGAAGAGAAAGUUCGAAUUGGGUCGUCAACCAGCUAUGACCAAGAUUGGUGGUAAGAGAAUCCACUCCGUUAGAACCAGAGGUGGUAACCAAAAAUUCAGAGCUUUAAGAAUUGAAACUGGUAACUUCUCUUGGGCUUCCGAAGGUAUCUCCAAGAAAACCAGAAUCGCUGGUGUCGUUUAUCAUCCAUCCAACAAUGAAUUGGUCAGAACUAACACUUUGACUAAAUCUGCCAUUGUUCAAAUCGAUGCUACUCCAUUCAGAUCUUGGUACGAAGCUCACUACGGUCAAACUUUGGGUAAGAAGAAGAACUCCAAGGAAGACGCCAUUGUCCCAAAGAACAAGAAGGAAGAAAGAAAGUUCGCUUCUAGAGCUGCUUCUGCUAAGGUCGAACAAGCCGUCGAAUCCCAAUUCGGUGCUGGUAGAUUAUAUGCUGCUAUCUCCUCUAGACCAGGUCAAUCUGGUAGAUGUGACGGUUACAUCUUGGAAGGUGAAGAAUUAGCUUUCUACUUAAGAAGAAUGACUGCUAAGAAAUAA